AUGGCGCUCGAUUCGUACUACCAGAACAAGAUCGAGGCCAUGAAGCUCGAGAUCCUCAAGGGUCAAGCUGUCCUCCGCCGUCUCGAGGCCCAGAGAAACGACUACAACUCGCGGGUGCGUCUACUGAGAGAAGAGCUUGGUCUGUUGCAGCAGCCCGGUUCCUACGUCGGUGAGGUUGUGAAGGUCAUGAGCACGAAGAAGGUCCUGGUCAAGGUGCAUCCGGAAGGCAAAUACGUCGUCGAUAUCUCCGACAAUGUCGACAUCACAAAGCUCACCGUCGGCAAGCGUGUAACCCUCCUGUCCGACAGCUACAAGCUCGAGAAGAUGCUCCCCUCAUCCGUCGAUCCCCUCGUCUCCCUCAUGAUGGUCGAGAAGGUCCCCGACAGCACAUACGACAUGAUUGGUGGUCUGGAUCAGCAGAUCAAGGAAAUCAAGGAGGUUAUCGAGCUCGGUCUCAAGCACCCCGAGCUGUUCGAGUCUCUGGGUAUCGCCCAACCGAAGGGUGUCCUCCUCUACGGUCCCCCCGGCACGGGCAAGACCCUGCUCGCCAGAGCUGUCGCCCACCACACCGACUGCAAGUUUAUCCGUGUCUCCGGUUCCGAGUUGGUGCAAAAGUACAUCGGAGAGGGUUCCCGUAUGGUUCGCGAGCUGUUCGUCAUGGCCCGUGAGCACGCCCCCUCCAUUAUCUUCAUGGACGAAAUCGAUUCCAUUGGUUCUUCCCGUGUCGAGGGUUCCUCAGGAGGCGAUUCCGAAGUCCAGCGUACCAUGUUGGAGCUUCUUAACCAGCUCGAUGGUUUCGAGCCUACCAAGAACAUCAAGGUCAUUAUGGCCACCAACCGUCUUGACAUUCUCGACCCCGCAUUGCUGCGUCCCGGACGUAUCGACCGAAAGAUCGAGUUCCCCCCGCCAUCCGUCGAGGCCCGUGCCGACAUUCUCCGUAUCCACAGCCGCAAGAUGAACCUGACGAGAGGCAUCAACCUUACCAAGAUUGCCGAGAAGAUGAACGGUUGCUCUGGUGCCGAGCUGAAGGGUGUCUGCACAGAGGCUGGCAUGUACGCUCUUCGUGAGCGCAGAGUCCACGUCACCCAGGAGGACUUUGAGCUUGCUACCGCCAAGAUUCUUAACAAGCACGACGACAAGGAGGUGUCCCUGGGCAAGCUCUGGAAGUAA